CGGCGGCUCGGCUCAUAUUCAGUAGACUCGGCCAUUUCUCUCGCGAAGCGUAGUUAUUUGCUCGGCCGCGACAUUUUUUUCCGUAAAACCGUGCGGGUAUUCCCGUAAGCUUUGCAAAAUAACGCGACGCAAAAGGAUGAUACACUCCGGGCGCACCAGGCUCGAGAAAAAAGUAAGUCGCGUGGGCGUGGGAGGAGGGGGCCAGGUUGGGCAAGGGGUACAAGCGGUCGAAGAUUCCGGUGCAAGCGGUCAAUGGUGGAGGCAACAGCAUCCAUCGUAUCAUCAUCAUCAUCAUCACCAACAUCAUCACCAUUAUCAUCAUCAGGCCGGUUAUUAUACGUCGCAAUCGCUCUCUCACAACAACCCUGUCACGACCAUGAAGCAGUCUUAUAUGCAGCUAACGUGGGUGUUUCACGACGACGAGGCGCAGAUUAAUAAGAAACUGCCAAAAGAAUUACUGCUUAGAAUCUUCUCGUAUCUCGACGUGGUAUCGCUAUGCCGGUGCGCGCAAGUAAGCAAAGCUUGGAACGUGUUGGCUCUCGACGGAUCCAAUUGGCAAAGAAUCGAUCUCUUCGAUUUCCAACGAGACGUGGAGGAAUCAGUUAUAGUAAAUAUAUCGAGACGAUGCGGUGGGUUUUUAAGGCAGCUCUCUCUCAGGGGAUGUCAGAGCAUUGGGAACAAUUCAAUGCUUACAUUGGCUGAGUCGUGUACUAACAUCGAGGAACUGAAUCUGAGCCAAUGUAAAAAGAUCUCGGACGCUACCUGCGCGGCCCUAAGCUCUUAUUGUCCGAAACUCCAACGACUGAACUUGGACUCGUGUCCCGAGAUAUCGGACAUCUCCAUGAAGAACCUCUCGAAAGGCUGUUCGCUUCUCACUCACAUUAAUCUAUCCUGGUGUGAGUUACUUACCGAUAACGGAGUGGAAGCACUGGUGAGAGGUUGCAGACAACUACGUAGCUUUCUAUGCAAAGGAUGCCGUCAGUUAACGGACAGAGGUGUCACAUGUUUGGCUCGUUAUUGCACCAAUUUGGAGGCGAUCAAUUUACACGAAUGCAGGAACAUAACAGACGAUGCGGUCAGAGAACUCAGCGAACAAUGUCCAAGAUUGCAUUACGUUUGCCUAUCGAACUGUCCAAAUCUAACGGAUGCGUCUCUGGUCACGUUAGCGCAACAUUGUCCACUCCUUAGCGUGCUCGAAUGUGUGGCUUGCACUCAUUUCACCGAUGCAGGCUUUCAAGCUCUUGCAAAAAAUUGCAGAUUAUUAGAAAAGAUGGACCUGGAAGAGUGCCUUUUAAUAACGGAUGCCACCCUCAUUCAUUUAUCCAUGGGCUGUCCCAGAUUGGAAAAAUUGAGUUUGUCUCACUGUGAACUGAUCACCGAUGAGGGCAUUCGACAAUUGGCCCUUUCGCCGUGCGCAGCGGAGCAUCUAGCGGUGUUGGAAUUGGACAAUUGUCCCCUUAUCACAGAUGCUAGCCUUGAUCACCUUCUACAGGCCUGCCAUAAUCUCGAGCGCAUCGAACUAUACGAUUGUCAGCUAAUCACCAGAGCUGGCAUACGUAGACUCAGAACACAUUUGCCGAACAUUAAAGUUCAUGCGUACUUCGCGCCAGUGACACCACCUCCAAGCGCGGGGGCAUCUCGGCAGCGAUAUUGCCGAUGCUGCGUCAUUCUGUGAUUCGCAUAAAAAUGACUCUGAUGCAAAUCGUCCGAUGUACCACACUACCGGUGGACUUUUAAUUUCGAUAGUCGCCGAUUCACGGCGAUCGUGGGACCUUCUCUCUUCCGGCUACCAGACCGAGACUCUGGUCGCCUGUCAUCAACAGUGAGAAUAAGCCUCGUCGUGAAUGGAAUCGCGAAACUUUCGAUAGAUAUACCAAUUCGAUUCGCAACACACGCAACGAGUACAAAAGAACAGUACGUCAUCAUUUAUAUAUAUAUA